AUGUCUCUUCGUAUUGCACCUGAAACGCAUACUGAAAAAGUAACAAGCACUUUAAAUACAACACACGCUGAAUUUGGUGGUCAUGAUGCUAUGCGUUAUGGUACUCGUUCUAUCAAAUCUGAAUGGGAAACAACACAAUGGGAACUCAAGUUGAAUUUAGCUCGUCAAGCUUAUGGUAUGCAUGCCCCUAUCAAGAUGAUGAUGGAAAGAAGUUUGAUUGAAAAGCGUCAACGUAUGCCUGCUAUUCCUUCUUCAAAUUUACAUUUAGAUAUCUUGACAGGAAGAGAUGAGACUAUUGACUAUGAAGAUUUCCUCAACAAUCCUGCUGAAUCCACGGAUAUGUUGGAUAUUCAUGCAAGCAUGGAACAAAAGCUUCGUUUGAAGGUUUAA